GACCUGCGUGCUGGGAUUUGGUGCAGGUACCGAUCAGUAGCCGGGUCAGAGCUGGGUGGACAAUGACGUUAUGCUUGGGACCCUUACCAUGUAAGAUCUUACGUACACGCCACUAAAGUACAGCUAAAAGCGGGAAUUGCAUCAUAGCCGCUGCGACUUGCAACGCAAGCACUUAGAAACUCAACCUUGAAGAGGGCCCCUCUCAAACCCAUGUUCUUAUUAUACGUUCUUGUUAUACACCUCGGUGUUACCAAACAAUUGAUAGAAUACUUAUGAAGUGUCGUGACCCAUAUUCUCGCUAUGCGUCCGUUUCCCGAAGUUUCCAAUGCAGGUGCAGGUGCAGUUGGCAGGAAGGUCUCAGCCGUGCGUCGAAGGAUUCCACCUGUCCUGCGUCCUAGAUUAACCUGGCGAUACAUUUUUUCUGUCGUUAUUUUGUCCUACAUCUUAUACUGUUAUCUUUUUUCGUUGCCAUUCUUUGCGAGCCCCUUGCCAAUGUACAGCGGGCCAUACCCGGUUGGGGCUAUCGACAUUGAAUCACCUGUGUCACAACCGAGAGUUGUGGACACGGCCCGAUUCAAAGAUUCCCACGAGAACCCGUUUGAGUUGCAGACAGUCUUGUUUACACUUUACUAUCCGGCCAGCCACGGUAAAGGUUAUAACAAAAAGCACCACUGGAUACCAAAGCCGGUCUCCGUGACUGCCAAAGGCUACGCCAAGUUCGCAAAAAUCAGCAAUUUCCUCACAGAUGCACUUUUUACCGGCGCACUCCGCACCCUUGCGGGUGGGAUCAAAAUACCCGCCAAAGUCGAUGCGUCUCUUGCUGAGCUGGCCCCGCCGGUAGCUAGUCAUCCGGAUACCCGCCAAAGUCAAGAGUUGCAGAAGGUAGCUACUAUCGAGAAAUACGGACACCCCAUCAUAGUCUUCUCCCAUGGCAUGGCCUCUAGUAGGACCGAUUAUACGCAUUACGCUGGCGAGCUGGCAUCGCGGGGGUUUAUCGUGGCUAUGCUCGAGCACAGAGACGGUUCAUGCCCUGGUUCGGUUAUUAUGAGGGAUGGCAAAAUGCAGCCAAAGUUCGCUUUUAAGCGCUCUGAGGUGGAGUCUGCAGAAGGUGAAGAGCUAGAAGCGGAUGACUUCAACCGAGCGCAACUCAAUUUUCGCGAAGCUGAAAUUGAAGAGCUAGUCAGAGUAUUGAGACAGAUUAAUGACGGAAAAGGGGAAGAGAUUUUCAACCAGAACCCUAGAAACGAGGGUCAGGAGUUAGAAGACUGGGUUGGAAGGCUGAAUAUCGACGAGAUGGUCAUAGCGGGACACAGUUUCGGUGCGACCGGUGCGCUCCAGGCCCUCAAGGGUGGUCCAAGUGAGAAGAGACCAUUUAUCGGUGCCAUCGUUUUGGAUCCUGGUAAACAGAGCGGAAGAUUAAAUCAUGACGUUCAUGUGCCCUUGUUGGUUGUUCACAGCAAUUCAUGGAGCAGCAAGCACAGCAUAUUCUACGGGCGGGCCCAUUUCGACGUUGUCAAAGCUCUCGUAGAAGAGAACAAUGACAAGCGCGGAAACCCAUCUUGGUUCAUGACCUCGCUCGGUACCUCUCAUCCUUCGGUGACAGAUGCGCCGAUACUAGAGCCAACACUCUUGAGUUGGACGACUGGGGCCAAGAUAGACGUCUAUGAGGGCCUGAGGCAGUACAUUCACCUGUCCGAGGACUUUCUUUGGUUCUUGAAAGAGGGCGAAAAGAGAAAUCUCUUCGCUGAGAAGGCCGAGUUUCCGGAGUAUGACCCGGGCAAGGGUUUUGGCAUUUGGAAACCUGGACAGGGCGACAACGAGAAAGAGGGGGGGCAAUGGUGGGACUGGAGGAAAUACUGGCAAGUUCACGUGUCACCCGACAACACUUCGCAGCACAGGUCUUUCAGUGCCAGAAAAGAAUAGACAAAAAGCUAUCUAAGAAUUUCCGCCUCUCACCAGGUCCAGGACGAGGAGGUUUGGAAGG